CCAUCAGAACCAAGCUUUUUGCAACCCUCCUCCAGCUUUUCUAAAGGGCUUCUGGGGGCUCCAAGUUCCGGGGGCGCUUCACAAAAACAAUGAUGAACCCAACCCAACUCUGGCUGCCUGGAGGGAUUGCUGGCUUGCUGACCCUCUCCAUGGUCGUCGUCUGGACGGACUGUUUGCAGCGACUGGGCGGCGUCAAAGCCUGGGCGGGUUCCGAGAGACAAUCACAAUUCCGCAUUCAAGAAUAGUUAGUUAGACCUAAUACUAAAUAAUACUGCGUAAUACUAAUAAGAAACAGCAAAAAGGGGACGACGGGGCUUGAAGACUUCCGACGCCCGUGCUUGCCAUAACGCAGCGUACGUUUGUC